UGUCCGUCGCCUGAGCCAAUAAAGCUGCACUGGUUUUGAAUCGCGGCGCGUUUCCCGCCUCCGGGGUCAGGGGUCAGGGUUCGGGUCGCUGGGCGGAGGGAAGAGCGGGCGGGCGGGAGGCGCCGGCGCCAGACGCGGAGUGAAAGAGCUACGAGUCGCCGCCGAGAGGCCCCGGAACCAGCAGCGACCGAGCCAGCCGCGCCGCCGCCACCGCCGCACGGGCCGCCAUGGCGGCCGCCAAGGACACCCAUGAGGACCAUGAUACCUCCACUGAGAAUGCAGACGAAUCCAACCACGACCCUCAGUUUGAGCCUAUAGUUUCUCUUCCUGAGCAAGAAAUUAAAACCCUGGAAGAAGAUGAAGAGGAACUUUUCAAAAUGCGGGCAAAGCUGUUUCGAUUCGCUUCAGAGAACGAUCUCCCAGAAUGGAAGGAGCGAGGCACCGGCGACGUGAAGCUCCUGAAGCAUAAGGAAAAGGGGACCAUCCGCCUCCUCAUGAGGAGGGACAAGACCUUGAAGAUCUGCGCCAACCACUAUAUCACGCCAAUGAUGGAGCUGAAGCCAAACGCAGGCAGUGACCGUGCCUGGGUCUGGAAUACCCAUGCCGACUUCGCUGAUGAGCGCCCCAAGCCGGAGCUGCUGGCCAUCCGCUUCCUCAAUGCUGAAAAUGCACAGAAAUUCAAGACAAAGUUUGAGGAAUGCAGGAAAGAGAUCGAAGAGAGAGAAAAGAAAGGAGGACUGGGCAAAAACGAUAAUGCCGAGAAAGUGGCUGAAAAGCUAGAAGCUCUUUCGGUGGAGGAGAGCAAGGAGUCCGGAGAGGAGGAGACCAAGGAGAAAGCUGAGGAGAAGCAAUAAGUCCUCUGCCCUUGUUUUCUGUUCCUUUUUCCUUUUUUAAAAAAAUUCGCCCUGCCCCGUCUUUUCGGUUUGUUUUUAUUCUGUUUUGUUUUUACAAGGGACUUUAUAUAAAGAACUGAAUUCCAACAUUCAGGUGGGCUUUUUUUUUUUUUUUUUUGAAGUUUUUGCCCUAUUGAAGAUGACCAGAAAAUCCAUUCCCCAGUCAUGCAAAUGUACUGUGCUAACUUUCUUUUCCAUAGUGGAAACACUUAUUUAUAGUCAUCAAACAUAGUGAAUAAACAACUCAUUCGAAACCUUCA